CACUGACUGGCAUUGAUAGGUGGCACUGAUGGGUGACCCUGAAAGGCAGCUCAGAUGGGCACUGAUAUGUGGCAUUGAUGUGCACUGGUAGGCACUGAUAUGUGGCAUUGAUGUUAGCACUGAUGGGCACUGGCAGGUGGCACUGAUAAACACUGACAGCUGGCAUUGAUGGACACUGACAGGUGGCACUGCUGGGGCUACACAAAUCAUCAGGGCACACUGAUCAUCAGUGCCCUGAUGAUUACUGUCAGCGUGACAGCUCGUGAGGAGAGAAAUGCCGAUAACCGGCAUUUCCCUAUUUACAUGAGAUCAACUGUGAUUGGA